GGCGGAAGAAGAAGAACCUUAUUUUAUGUACAAGGGUUCUGGCCCCAAAAAGGACCUAAACACGUGUGUUAAUCUGAUUUGAAUCGUGACAGAAUAAAGCCCCCAAUGAAUAAUCCUGGAAACCCGGAGGGUCAUUCCAAUUCCAAUGGCAGCUCCCACCACCAUUCAACAGGAGACGACGGCAAUGGACGGUGCCGAGAUAAACCUAUUUUUAGGGGUUUGUUUGGGGCCGAGAAUCGAGGCCUGUGCUGCUGCAAAUGCAAUCCUGAAACAUAGAAUCCAGAACAACAGGACCUCAAGCACAGGGAAACUGCACAGAAAUUCUUCCUUGGGCAGUAGCAGGUCUUCAAUAAAGUGGUUGGUGGUUGUCGACAGUUUUUGCCCUCUGCAAAAACUCCAUUUCCCCCUGGCCUGGCCGGUCGAAAAUCGAAUUGCUCUAGAUUGAAAUGUUGGACCACAAAGGGAAUGGAGACAAGGGGCAGGAGACCGUCGCCGUGGCGAUCGACAAGGAUAAGGGCAGCCAGAUAGCUUUGAAAUGGGCUGUGGAUAAUCUCCUGGGCAAGGGCAAAAGUGUCACCCUCCUCCACAUUAAGCUGAAGACCUCUUCUGUUCUCGGUUCAUCUUAUACUUCAUCCGACAAUGACAAAAUGGGGAAGGAGCUCUUCCUUCCUUUCCGAUGCUUCUGCACGCGUAAGGAUAUACAAGUCACUGAAAUUGUGCAGGAAGAUUCAGAUGUAUCGAAAGGCAUUUGUGAUUAUGUGAAGGAACACAUGAUUGAAAAUUUGGUUGUUGGUUCCUCAGUCAAGAAUGGUUUUGUCAGAAAAUUCAAGACGACUGAUGUUCCCACCAGUGUAUCCAAAGGCGCGCCGGAAUUUUGCAACGUGUACGUGAUAUCAAAAGGCAAAGUUGUGUCCCAAAGAUCCGCCACGGCUCCUGUUCCGAGCAGCGGCUCUGCUGCAACACAACAUUAUUCAGAUCCAAUUGAUGUGCACUUAAUGCAAAACAGCGGCGCGCACAGUGCUGUAAUGUCACCUUUUGGAGCUCUGAGCAGCUCAAUGGAGGAUGACACAAUCAAGUCGCCGUUUAUUCGAAGCUUUCCUACAAACCAAUCGUAUGGAGAAAUGUCCGAUGUCAGUGACCUAUCGUUUGUGAGCUCAGGCAGGCCGAGCUGCGAUCGCAUGAUUGGAUCAAUAGACCAAGAUCUAAUGAUGGCUCCUCGUGUGUCGAACUGCUCAGAUACAGACGGCCGGAUGAGCUUUGGGUCGCAACUGUCAAACUCUCUGAUAUCUGAUGCCAACAACAGCUUUCUCGGAGUCUACUCAUCUAGCUCGAUGGACAGCGGACAUUUCUCUUGGUCGGGAGCUCCAAACAUGGAGGAGAUAGAAGCCGAGAUGAGACGGCUCAAACAAGAGCUCAAACAGACAAUGGACCUGUACAGCACCGCCUGCAAGGAAGCGCUCUGCGCGAAACAAAAGGCUGCAGAGCUAAACAAAUGGAAAAUCGAGGAAGAACAGAAGCUUGAGGAGGCGCGGACGGCUGAGGAAGCAGCAUUAGCGAUUGCAGAGAAGGAAAGGCAAAAAUGCAAGGCUGCUAUGGAGAAAGCCGACGCGGCUCAGAGAAUGGCUGAACUCGAAUCGCAGAAGAGGAAGUAUGCUGAAAUGAAAGCGCUCAAAGAAGCUGAGGAGAGGAAGAAGUUGCAGGAUCGGUUGUCCCAUACCGACAUGAGAUUGCGCAGAUACGCCAUAGAAGAGAUCGAAAUAGCCACCGAACACUUCUCCGAUUCCCGUAAAAUCGGAGAGGGUGGAUACGGACCUGUUUACAAGUGCUACCUCGAUCACACACCGGUUGCAGUUAAGGUUCUUCGCCCCGACGCUGCCCAGGGAAGAGCACAGUUUCAGCAAGAGGUUGAAGUUCUGAGUUGCAUUAGGCAUCCCAACAUGGUUCUCCUCCUCGGAGCAUGUCCAGAGUACGGCUGCCUCGUCUACGAGUACAUGGCUAACGGCAGUUUGGAUGACCUUCUUUUCAGGCGAGGGAACACUCCGGUUCUCUCCUGGCAGCUUAGAUUCCGAAUCGCCGCGGAAAUAGCCACAGGCCUUCUUUUCCUCCACCAAACGAAGCCGGAGCCGCUUGUACACAGAGACCUGAAACCGGGCAACAUUCUGCUCGAUCGUAACUUCGUGAGCAAGAUAAGCGACGUCGGGUUGGCCAGGCUUGUUCCUCCGUCCGUAGCCGACGACGUUACGCAAUACCGGAUGACAUCAGCAGCCGGAACUUUCUGCUACAUAGACCCCGAGUACCAGCAGACCGGCAUGCUCGGGAUAAAAUCCGAUGUGUAUUCGUUCGGCGUAAUGCUGCUUCAGAUCAUAACAGCUAAGCCUCCGAUGGGCUUAAUGCACCAUGUCGAGAGGGCUAUCGAGAAAGGGACCUUGGCCGACAUGCUCGACCCGGAGGUACCUGAUUGGCCGUUGGAAGAAGCCUUGACGUUUGCGAAGCUUGCGCGCGGCUGCGCGGAGUUGAGGCGUAAAGACAGGCCUGAUCUCGCGACGGUGGUGCUGCCUGAGCUUAAUCGACUGAGAACAUUUGCCGAGGAAAGAAUGCCCGGCGGUGUAUCGACGAUUUAUUGAUGCUUGGAUUGGUUUGAUGAUUUGCUUGUCUUCAUCUUGCUUCUUUCUGUGAAACUUGUUCGGCAGUGGCGGUGGCAGUGGCAGUGGCAGAGCCAGCUUUGCUCCGCCAAAGGGCUGAAGGAUUUUGUUGAGGUUGACAAAAAUAGUUGUUUUUAUUAUUUUGAGUGGAAUUGAUGUUAUAAAAAUAUUAAUUUAGUAAAAAUUGAUGAUCAGACAAAUAAUUU